AUCGGAGGACGAGGCCUGCCCAUAAUCCAGAGAGGCUUGCCCAGAGGAGGACUGCGUGGGGGACGUGUCUCAAGAACCCUACUUAGGGGCGGGAUGUCGCUCCGAGGUCAAAACCUGCUCCGAGGUGGACGAGCCGUAGCUCCCCGAAUGGGCUUAAGAAGAGGUGGUGUUCGAGGUCGUGGAGGUCCUGGGAGAGGGGGCCUAGGGCGUGGAGCUAUGGGUCGUGGCGGACUCGGUGGUAGAGGUCGGGGUAUAAUAGGUCGGGGAAGAGGGGGCUUUGGAGGCAGAGGUCGAGGCCGUGGACGGGGGAGAAGUGCCCUGACUCGCCCUGUGCUGACCAAGGAGCAACUUGACAACCAACUAGAUGCCUACAUGUCAAAAACGAAAGGCCAUCUGGAUGCCGAAUUGGAUGCCUACAUGGCUCAGACUGAUCCUGAAACCAAUGAUUGAAGCCUGCUGGCCUGUGAGAGACUCUUACUCAAGUCGCCACACCUGUAAAUAAUAGCUGAGAAACCUAAUUGAUGCUGGAAGGACCUUUUGAUCAGAACAGGCUAUGGACUCAACUUGUUAUCAAAAAAAAAAAAAAAAAAA